CUGAAGAAAUUGUAAAGAAAUGCAAAGGGUUGCCAUUGGCUGUAAAAACCCUUGGAGGAGUUCUUCAGGAUGAGCUGGAUCGUAAGAGGUGGGUCAAGAUACUAAAUAGUGAGAUAUGGGAAUUACCAGGAGAAAGCAGUCACAUUCUUCCAGCUUUGAGAUUGAGUUAUCAUCAUCUUCCUGCCCCUCUAAAAAGGUGUUUUGCCUAUUGUGCUGUGUUCCCAAAAGAUCAUGACUUUGACAAGGAUGAUUUAGUUUUAUUAUGGAUGGCUGAGGGAUUUGUCAAACAGCGGCAGAAUGGAGCAAGGCAAAUGAAAGACAUGGGAGAUCAAUACUUUCGUGAUUUAAUUUCAAGAGGGCUUCUCCAACAAUCAACCAGUUAUGGCAGUAAUGAAUUAUACUUUGUGAUGCAUGACCUUGUGCAUGAUUUAGCGCAGUAUAUUGCAGGAGAAACAUGCUGCAAUUUCGAAAAUCUGAUAGAGAGUGAGAAAAAGGAGCGUAAUUUUGAAAAGGCACGCUAUGUGUCAUCCUCUGCUCAAAAUGAUUUUAGAAGAUCUCAGUUUCUGCAAAAACCCAAUAGUUGGCGGACGCUCCUAUUAUAUUCUGCUCCUGGACGACCGUAUUACGAUCAUUCUUUGCCAGAGUGUCUACAAAAAUCAAGAUGCCUGAGGGUCUUAUCUCUUCCCUUUUGGAGAACAUCCGAAUUUCCAAAUUCUAUUGAGAAAUUGAAGCAUUUGCGCUACCUGGAUUUGUCAUGGAGUCCAUUACAAUGUUUACCGAAUUCUGUAAGGUCUCUUGUGUACUUGCAGACAAUGAUACUAUUCGGGUGCAAUGAAAUCAAGGAGUUGCCGGCAGGAAUUGUGGAUUUAGUUGACUUACAUCAUCUUGAUAUUAGGGGUACGGAUAGCUUACAAAAGAUGCCACCCCAAAUGGGCAGUUUGAAAAAUCUUUUGAUGUUGCCUAAAUUUAUUGUGGGACAAUCUGAUGGGCUGAGAUUAAAAGAGUUGAGCAACUUGAAGGAUCUACGAGGUAAGCUACUUAUCGAAGAUCUCCAUAAUGUCUCCGAUGUUCAAGAUGCCUGUGAGGCCAACCUAUUUAAGAUCGAGGGCCUUGAAGAGCUAACAUUGGCGUGGACUAAUGACUUCCAGACUUCACGAGAUGAAAGUAAUGAAUUGCAGGUUCUCAGGCAGUUAAAGCCUCAUUCCAAUUUGAAAAGAUUAAAAAUUGAUUCAUACGGAGGCUUGAAAUUCCCAUCUUGGAUAUGCAGUCCAAUGGAAUGUAUUACUGACUGUCCCCUUCUAGAAUCAUUAACAGACCUUCUACCUCUUACUCUUGAAACUUUGACCAUCUCGGGUUGUGAUAACUUUGAACGCCUACCAAAUGGACUACAUAACCUCACCUCUUUAAAAAAAUUGGAUAUCCAACGUUGCAAAAAGUUCGUGGGCUUUCUGGUGACUGACUUUCCGUUACAUCUCCAAGACCUUACCUUAAUUAAUUUGGAGGCGUUGGAGUCAUUACCUGAUGAGUUGAUGAUGACAACAGAAGACGUACAUAUUUGGGGUUGUCCACGCCUCAAAUCUUUUUCGACAGGUGAGUUACUUGCCAGACUUGAAGAGUCCACAGUUGAGAAUUCUGAAAAAUCUGAGUUCCUACGGGAGGGUGAUGAUAGCAGCACUGUGACAGUGAAUCUUGAAAGAACGAGUGUUUCUGGUUUGGGAAAACUCAAUUUCCCCAUUGAUUGCAUGCACAAUCUCGGUCGUCUCUGCUACUUAUUAAUAUGUAAUUGUAAAAGUUUAGAGUCCUUGCCAGAAAGGUUGCUGUCUACCUCCACUCUUAAAACUCUGGUGAUAAGACGUUGUGAUAAUCUCAAGUCUCUGCCCAAUGGAAUGGACAACUGCACGUCUCUCCAUAUAAGCGAUUGUCCAGCUAUAACAUCCAUAGCAGGGGGAGGUUUACCUCCGAAUCUUAAACAGCUUGAGAUCGAUUGUGAGGGCUUGAAGCAGUCAACGUUAGAAUGGAGGCUUGACACGCUUACGUCUCUUGAGAAACUUGAGAUUCACUGGAUAUGUCCUCCGGAUGAUUUACUUCCCACUUCCCUAAAAACUCUUUCAAUAGAAAGAGUGGGUAAUCUGGAAUCCAUAUCUCAAGGGCUCCUCCAAAACCUUGCUUCUCUUCAAAAGUUGAGAUUUAGGAAUUGCCCGAAUCUCAAGAACUUGCCCAAGGAAGGUCUACCUCCCUCGUUGGAAGUGUUCGAAAUGAGCGGCUGUCCACUUCUAGAACAACGGUUCUUGAAGGAAAAAGGAGACUACUGGCCCCUUCUAUCCAACAUUCCGAAAAUAAAUAUACCGUCAAUUGGACCCAGGUACAAGAAUAUCCUACCACAUCCUCAGCAUGUUCUUCAUCUUAAUUUGAACAUAGAAAUUUGUUACUACUAUUCCCUCGUUUAGCAAAUUAAUAUAUCAUUGUUAAUUUAAGACAAAACAAGAGGCUUUGUUGCUUCUCUUUUAUUUUGGAAUAGCCUUUAAUUUUCUUAUCAAUUCUUUCAUCUGUUCUUUCAGUUCUGAGGUGUAUACUUGUCUCACUUUCGGUGCAUUUUUCUUUAUGAAUUUUGUAAGAUGCCGAUAUUAUGUUUGUCAAGCUUAUUGAGGUGAAAUGUGCACAAUCACGCACUGGUUUUCAUUUUUUCUGCAUCAUAUCAUUUUACUUUUUAGUAAUCAAAACUAGUCCUGUUGAAGAUUCACUUGUAGAUUUCAUAUUUAGACCGUGAAGCAAUCACUUUUUGCUCUACUACAUGGAGUCUUCUAUAUUUAAACUUGAGCUCAUAAAAAGGCACGGAAGCUAAUGAUUUGGCUCUGGCUUGUGUUUAUUUGUUUUCUCUGCUUUCCAUGAUCUGUAGAUGGUGGGAGCUAGAGUUCGUGUUUUGAACAUUGCUGGAAUCAGUGAAUUUGAGCAAAUUUUGGAGCUGAAUCUAAUGUGGAACUGGUGGGCAUUGAUACUGCGGAUGCUGGCAUCAAACAGAAUGUAGAAAAUGCAUAAGAGAGAGGAGUUGCAGUCUUAAGUAGUGCCAAGUGCAGAAGCUUAUGAUACUCUUUAUGAUAGUUUGCUAUUAGAGAUAUAUUUGACAAAGUUGAUUAUUGGAAGCUGGAUUCUUUUUCUUUUUAAACCUAAUAUGAUGAUACUACUGUCUGUAAAAACACAAAGGCCAUGGAGCUUUUAUGGCUUCCCACUACCUAUUUGGCUCAUUUUUAUUCUUUU